UGGCCUUGCAUGUAAUAAUGUAUGUGUGGAUAUCAAAACAUAGAUCGUAUACUUCCAAAGUCCAAUGGUUAAGCACACAAAUACACUAAUCAGUCAGACCCAAACUCAAGCCUAGUAAAGAACUCUAGACCUAUAUAUGGCAGUCAUCAAUCUCAAACUUCGAACAAUUUUUUCCUUACUAAUUGUGUAUUCAAUUUAUUAAACUAAGAUCGUUAGUUCAACAAGAUGUCGAUGGCUUAAUACUCUCAUGAGUCUAUAUCUAUUAGAAGUUUUAGGUCUUUUCAGUUAUAGAAUAUUUGACAACAAAACUGCACCAAUACUUUUUAGAUGCAUAAGUUUAUUGUCUUACCUCAUCAAUUUGCGCUUUAUGUCAUACAAAUAAUAUAAAAAAUCUACUAUGAUGUGUAAUGGCUUUUCGUUUAAACUGAUACGAUCUUCUUUUUUUUCGUUUUAAAUGAAAAUUUUAUUCCUCUUUUCAUUUGUUUUUUCCCUCUUACAAAGACAUCAUUUAACUGAUAUUAUCUUCUUUUGCCAAGGUUUUGAAAACCGGACCGGACCGGCCGGUCGAACCGGUUCGACCGCGACUCGUUUAGUAAGCCGAGUCCGGUUCGAUUCAAAACCCGGAUUUCAUAAAACUCGGGCAACUCGGCUCAAAACCGGUGGAACCGGUGACCCGGGUUGACGUUAAAACCCGGUUUGUUAUUUUUGACACAUUUUAAAUUGUAAUUAGGGUUUUAUAUCAGGCUAAUCCUGGAUAAUAACUUAAGUUAAUAAUAGUAAUACUUAACAGCCGUCAUUUUUUAAUAAUUCUCGAGAAAAAAAAGAAACCUAAACGUCUUCUCGUCGUCUCUCACUGUCGUACACCAUUCUCCAUCUGAAUUUUUCUUUGCCACAAGAUUUGGAACUGCACUUGUAAGAAAAAGUAAGUAACGUGAUUCUCUUUUGUUGUUCGAAAUUUGAUAUAACAUAUAAAUAUAUUAUUUUUUUGUUAUUUUUACUAGUUAAUGGAGGGGAAUCAUUCAGAACCAGAUUUAGGCGUACCUUCUUCUCAACGUUCAGUUCGUCGUAAAGAUGACAUAGCUUGGAGAUAUAUAACAGAACGGACUGAGCAGAAUGGGAAGAAAACUUUGAUUUGUGACUUCUGUCAGAAAGAGAGCGGAGGUGGAGGCAUUAACAGAAUGAAACAACAUUUAGCUGGGGUAAGAGGAAACAUAGAUUCAUGUACCAAAGUUUCUGCAGAAGUUCAGUUUCAGAUGAAGCAAUCAUUGAAAGAAAAUGAAGACAAAAAUAAGGAAAAGAGAGGCAUACCACUUGAUGAUAUAAACAUUGUUGCUGAUAUGAAUGCUGAUGGACAAGGCAUUCAUUCUCAGCCAUCUGUUACUCAAACCAAAAAGAGAAACAGAGGUGGAGAUUUACAUGGGUUUUUUAAAACAGGCCUGAGUGAUCCUACUCAACCAAGUAUAAAGGCAUCUAUACAAAGCAAGGAGAAGGUGCAUGAUGCUGAUAUGGCUGUUGCUUUAUGGUUUUAUGAUGCUUGCAUUCCCAUGAACGCUGUGAACUCUCCAUUCUUUCCAGUUAUGUUAAGCAAAGCUGCUAGUUUAGGACAUGGAUAUACUGGUCCUUCGUAUCAUGCUUUGAGGGUUGGGUUAUUAAGAGAUGCAAAAAAACAUGUAUCUUUGAUCGUUGAAUCAUUUAGAAGCACGUGGGCUAGCACCGGCUGUACCUUGAUGGGAGAUGGAUGGAAAGACACUAGAAAAAGACCACUGAUCAAUUUUUUAGUGUACUGUCCAAAAGGAGUUACGUUCAUCAAGUCGGUUGAUGCAUCUGAUGUAUACACAAAUGCAGAGAAUUUGUGUAAUUUAUUUGCUGAGAUGGUGGAAAUGGUUGGCUCUGAAAACGUGGUUCAUUUAGUGACUGAUAAUGCGCCUAACUACAAGGCUUCAGGUAGACUACUUGCGGAGAGAUAUCCAAAUAUUUCUUGGUCUCCAUGUGCAGCUCAUUGCAUGAAUUUAAUAUUGGAGGAUGUGGGAAACAUGCCUAAUGUUAAAGAGUUAGUUUCUGCUGUAUCAAAGGUAACUAUCUUUGUCUACAAUCAUAAGUCAACUUUAAAUUUUUUGAGGAAGAGGCAAGGUUGGAGGGAAAUCAUUCGUCCAGGAGAAACCCGAUUUGCUACCACUUUUAUAGCCCUUCAGAGUGCAUAUGCACAUAAAGAUGACUUACAAGCUUUGGUAGUAGAUCAAGAGUUCAGGCAGUUUCUGAAAACAGAGAAAGCAAGAUGUGUCAAGGCUGUUGUUUUGGAUGAAAACAUGUGGGCGCAUUGUUUGUUGAUCGUAAGGAUUAUGGCUCCAAUGAUACGCUUGUUGCGUGUUUGUGAUACUGAUGAGAAGCCAUCAUUACCAUAUGUCUAUGAAGGAAUGUAUCGAGCACGUUUAGGCAUCAAGAAGAUAUUUGGAAAAAAGAAGGAAUUGUAUAAGCCUUAUACAAGGAUCAUAAAGAACAGGUGGGAUAGAAUGUUGCGCCAUGAUCUUCAUGCUGCAGCAUACUUCUUCAAUCCAGCUUUCAUGUAUGAUCAAAAGAACUUUUCAAAAAAGCCUGAGAUAUUGAAAGGGAUGUUAAAUUUGAUGGAAAAACAAAAAGGGUCUGACAGAACAAAGAUCUUUGAGGGGAUGACAAUGUAUAGAGAACGUGAGAAAAGCUUCUCACAUUCAUCAGCUUUAAGUUGUUCGAAAACCACUCGUCCUGAUGAGUGGUGGAAGUUCUUUGGAUAUGAUGUUCCUGUUUUGCAGAAGCUAGCAAUUCGAAUUCUUAGCCAAACUGCAUCUUCAUCGGGCUGUGAACGUAAUUGGUCUGUGUUUGAAAGAAUUCACACAAAAAGGAGGAAUAGAUUGGAACAUCAAAGACUCAAUGAUCUUGUCUACGUUCAUUACAAUUUGCGCCUGCAAGAUAGGUUCUCAAAAAGAAAGAGGUCAUAUGAUCCAAUUGAUUAUGAGUCCAUUGAUAAAACUGAGUUCUGGGUAGUAGAAGAAAGUGGAGAAGCUGAACUAGAUUAUGAUGAACUUGAGAAUGCACUUACUGAAGAAAACCCAAAAGAUGGAGAAGAUGCAACUUCUGAAACCUUGAACUUGAACGGUAGAUACAUCUUCUUUUAUACGACAUGUUUUUUUUGGCUAUGAUGUCUAUUAUUUAACUCAUGCAUUUUUCAUAUUUUUUUUCUUGUUUUAGAAGGUACCGAAGAUGAAGUGCCAUUCUCUCAAGAUGAUACAACUGAAUAAAUUUGAGAUAUUCUAUCAUUCUCCAACAGAUUUUUUUUUGUCAUGUUUUCAUUUAGUUCAUUACAUUAAAUAUUCAGUUACUAUUUAUCUAUUUUAUGAUGCUAUUUUAGAUAAUAUUCAUCAGACAUUUUUAUAUAUGAUUAAUUAUAUAAUAUAUAUUUAUAUAUUAAAUAUAUAAAUAUAUUUAAUAAAUAAAAACCCGGUUCGACCGGUUAAACCGGUUCGACCAAUCAACCAGUGAAUACGCCGAGUCGGUGUCCGGUCCGGUUUUUAAAACAUUGUCUUUUGCUUCGAGCAUUGCAUUUUCUUCCUCUUCUUACCAUUUCAUAUUUUCUUAUAAGUAAUUAUCUUUUUCAACAAAAAAAUAAAAAAGACAAAUAUCAUAAAUGAAUCAAUACGAAUGAAGAUAAUCCAAAGCGUGAGGUUGGCUUUCGGAUAAACACAGAUAUUGUCUCCAUUUUCUUUGGAAAUUCUGGGAUCAUGGGCGUUGUGGGACCAAUUCCCUCUCAGCCUGCUACUGCCAUAGUGUGGGCCCAAUUUAAAAGCCCACUCUUAUUUAUUUAUUUAUUUAUUUAUUUAUUGACUUUCUCACCAUCUCACGUGAAAACCACAUUUUUUCUAAUUUAGUGAAUUAAAAAAGGCAACCUCUAUCUAUUCAUUUCAAAGUAUCUGUCUGUUGUCAUAUGUCAGAAAUAUUGUUAAAUAUUUUUUCAUAUGGAUUAUAGUUUUAUUUUCUCAGAAUUUAGGCCACUAAUGAUGUUUCAUGUUUGCUCAAAAAAAAAAAAUUAUGUUCCAUGUCGCUCUCGUUGACGGAGAGGUAUGAGUCAACAAGUCAAAUUUAGACUAUCUCUAAUCCUAAUUGACGGAGAGGUACGAGGCCUCGAUUCUUUGAACUUUUUAUUUACUUUUUUUCUUUAUUAAACAUAUUUUUUUCCGAUGACAAUCUUUAUUAAACAUCAUUUCUCUGACGAAAUUAGUUUGAAUUUUUUUUGUGGCUAAAUGACAUCCGAUAAUAUUUUUAUUAACAUAUAUUUAUAGUUUGAAUGUCAAAAGUAGAUACAGUCUUCUUUACAAAUAUUUUUCAACCUUGCACUUAUACACGAAAACGAACCACUUUUUCUCUUUUUGUCAACAACGAACCACUUAAACAAAACAUAAUUGAGUUUUCCCUUGCUUUCUAUUUACCAUAUUUUACUAUCAUCAAACCAUCUCAAACUAUUUUAAAAUUAUAAACAUUUUUCGAAUGUUUCAUUGCUCAUGCUGAAAAGGCGUGAUCGUGGUUACAGUAAAUUUUGUCAGUAAUUUGAAGGCAGUAAAAUUCAUUGUCACUAUGGUUUAAUGUUACGAUCUCUUAACAUUAUAACAUACUAAUAAAGAUAUCUCCAACUCCACUAUAUUUUCUACACUAAACUCUAUUAUAGAAUAAAACAUUUUCCGAUACCAUUCUAUAUCCCACUCUAAAAUAGUAUAAUUCUAUUUUUACUUUAUAUUUAGAGUAACUUUUUUUUUCAUUCUAUUAUAAAGUAAUUUUUUUAUUUAUACUUUAAUCAAUUUAUUCUUUAGUCUUUUUAUUUUGUAACUAUUUGUGUAGUUUAAUUAUGCAAACAACACAUUAUGUUCAACACAAUAUAUAUAAACAUUGGAAACUUAUUUUAUCAGCCAAAGAAAACAAGCACUAAAUUAAAAUUAAUUAUAUAAGAUUAGCCAAAGAAAAAAAAUACUAAAACUAAAAAUAAGCAACAUAACAUAAAACUAAAAUUAUAGAUAAUGUUGACUUAAAUUUUCUGGUAAAUUGUUUCCAAAUCCACCAAAAUUGUCAAUAUAAUGUAAUGUAUUUUUUAAAUAAUAAAUGUUUGAUAUAAAUAUAUAAUUUAUAAAAAAAAUUAUGAAAAACAAAAUAUAAGAGAUCAAUUUGUAAAUUUUGUAAGUAAAAGAAUUAUUCAUAAAAUAGAAAAGGAAUAUAUUUAAUCAUUUUCCUUUAAUCUUAGAAUCAAAUAUAGAGUAAACCAUUAAAGAGAAAUUCUACUCUAUUUUAAAAUUACUCUAAUUUAGAAUGGAAACUACUAUAAAAUAUAGUAAACCAUUAGAGAUGGUCUAACUAUGAAAACUCAAGGAAAAAAAUAUUAAUAACAUUAUAACAAUUUUGAAAUGGGAUAUAAUAACAUUAUAUCAAAAAAGUUUAUCCACAACAGUUUAUCUUAACAUUUAGACCAAAUAAAACUUUGAAAUGGGGCCUUUACAUAUAAAAGAAAUGGGACGUGAAUCUUUGAUGCAAAGAAAGAACUCAGAAGAAGAGAGUGAGAGAAAGAGGCGUGCAAAUGUUUUGUUUCUAUUGUCCUACCAUCCUUUUCAACCAAACCGCCAAACUUAGCCGGCCCUUUUUGUUUUAUUUAUAUCAAAUAACGUUUUGUGUUUUAUUUUCUUAUACAUAAAAGCUUCAAAUAGUUUGUCUUCGUCCAUUCCACAUUCUCAAACUCACCCUCCAAGUUGGAUAACAUUUUGAAGAUAAUGUAUACACAUGUAUUGUACGUGAAUAACUACAAUUCUUUAAUAGUUGCGGCUGAAGCACUUAUAAAUUAGUGAUUGUUCAACAAGAUCAAUAAUAUGAAUGUGGUUGGUAAAUAAAUGAAGAGAGUGCAGUAAAAAUAAUGAAUAGUUAAAUAACAUAACAUAUAACAUAACAUAGAUGGACAAGAAAAUUAUAGAGGGAAAGUUGUAUACAUCUAAAUUCCUUAAAACUUAUGUGAAUACAAUAUCAUAUUACUGGUUUCCUUUUCUUUUUUUUUGUAACAUAUUACUGGUUUCCUAUUUUUGUAACUGUUGAUUAUCUUUCAGCUUAGUCUAUAUAUUUGUGUGUUUCUUCUCUACGCAAAUUUUACCUAUAUAUUUGUGACUUUUACAUUAAUAAAUUGUGAAAUUGUCGGUUCUAAGUCUUAAGAUAUCGUGUGUAUAUAUAUAUAUCAGGGUUUAAUAUAUAUUUGUACAGUGCAGAUAUUUUUUUUUUUUUUGUCAAUACAGUGCAGAUAUUUUUAAUAAGAAAAACAAAAAUGUAAAGGAAAUAUGUGGUCCUCUUCGGGCAUUUAGUUUUGGUUCAUAGAAAAUACAACAAAUAGCUAGCUUUGGUCCCCUAAAUGUAAAGUAUGCAAACAAAUAUUAUUAUCAGGUUUAUUAAUCCACAGGUAAGUAUAUAUUAAAUAUAGAUUAUACCAUAUUACAUUCAUAAUUUUCACAAAUUAUAAUUACAUCUGUUUUUUUGUUUUGCUAAUGAAAUAAUAUAGUUACAUCUGUUGAUAACGUACUUUAGUUUUAAAAUUAUACAAACGAGCGCAUUGUAACGUUCUUUAUGUUUUCGAUGUUUUAAGAUGUGUUAAAGUUUGAUAGAUAUAGUUUGAACGAAUCGACGUAGUUCGCAAACAUCACUAAAAUUUGGCUGUAAAUUCAGAGGUCCUAUAUAAAAGUUCCAAGUUCAUAUACAUAGUACAUAGAAAAUAUGAAUCGUCCGAAAAACAGAAGUACAAUUAACAGGUAAAAUCUAGGUUACCAGUUUUAUAGUAGUUCUUAAUCCUUCCCAACACUCAAAUUUUUUGAAUAGUUGUUUCAAAAACAAAAGUGAAUAGGCAUGGCUAGCAUACAUUCUUAGUUAUCUCGAUUGGUGCCGACGUAACUGUGUCAUUCAGGAGCUACACCAUUGGCUUGAACAUGAUUUUCAUCAUUCAAUGCGCAUGAUACAAGCUUGUCUUGUCCUAAUAUUAUUAUGUAAAAUUGAUGAUCAAGGAUUGAGAUAACGACAGCGAAAACUAAACGGAUUUUUAAUUACAUAUUGUUUUAAUUUACUAGGGAAUGGACAAAAUGUCAGAUAUAGAAAUAAUCAAAAGCAAAACUAGCGCAACUUACCCAUAGUUUCACGAAUCUUCUCGCAACACAAAAAAUAACAAAAUAAUGUUGUCGUGUUUUGAACAUAUUUCUAAAGGAUAUAUCAUUUUAGGAACCCUCCACGAAUUACAUGGGCAGACUCCUUUCGUGCCUUUCCUUUGUGCAAAAGAGAUCAUUAUAUUAUCUUUACAUACGUGUGUCUAUACAUGUCGUCUAAUGUUGUAAUUUAUAAAGCAGCAAAAUAAGUAUUGUAUCUAACAGUGUUUUGAGCAAUAUUACUUAUUUAAAUAUGGUUGCAAAUGGUUGAUAAUACAUUUUUUCACUGUUAUUUUAUUAAGUAGAGAAUAUUUCACAUACAAGUCCAAAAACAAGGUCAUUUAAAAACCAUACAAACCCAUACAGCAUACAUAUAGACGAUAUCAGAGACCAAAAUAAUGGUUGAUAAUACAUAUACGUAAUAUGGUUACAAGCGGCGGUUGGUGAAAUCUUCUAAAUAACGGUGAAAAAAGUAUAUACUACCUCAGUCAUGGUACUAAAUAAUUUGGCUUAAUUAGUUCUUGAUUUUCACUAGAUGUAAAAUGUAAUUGCCUUCUUAAAAAGUUAGAUGAUUGCCGAAAGUGUAAUUAUUUACACAACUUUUGUAAUUCCUAUACAUGAUUAAUAAAAUAGUAAUUUUUUUAUAUAACCCCUUAAAGAUGUGUAAACCAAAAAUUACUUCGAAACAGAUCAUAUCUUCUGUUAUUCUGGACUAAAUUGAUAUAUGUUUUUUGUCAAUUACUAAAAAAAUAUUUCAAACUUUGAGUUUUCUUAACAAAUUAUUGAAAGAAAAAAUAUACUACUGAUGAAACUGAUUCUUAAAAGAGAAAAAUCUAAUAUAUGAAAUCUACUCAGAUCUCUACCUAAUAGAUGUCGCAUUCGCUGAGAAUUUAUUUCAUUUUCUUGUAAUAUAAUCAAAGAAAAUAGCUACUAAUAUUUAGGGUU